GCCCGCCGGUGCCGGAGACCGAACCGUUAGCCGGGAGAGCCGGCGGGGCCAUGGCGGUGAUCUUGUGAAUUAGUGUACCAUCAAUGAUGGCAGAACAUCCACCGUUACUGGAUACCACUUCAAUUUUAAGUAGUGAAAUCCCUCUUCUAACUUCCCCUAUUGUAAGCGGGGAUGGAGCACAACAGGUUAUUCUUGUGCAAGUUAAUCCAGGGGAAGCAUUUACAAUAAGAAGAGAAGAUGGACAGUUUCAGUGCAUUACAGGUCCUGCUCAGGUUCCAAUGAUGUCCCCAAAUGGUUCAGUGCCUACUAUUUAUGUGCCUCCUGGAUAUGCCCCACAGGUUAUUGAGGAUAACGGUGUUCGAAGGGUUGUGGUGGUUCCCCAGGCUCCAGAAUUUCAUCCUGGUGGUCAUGCAGUGAUACACAGGCCUCCACAUCCCCCACUGCCUGGCUUUCUUCCUCUUCCAGCCAUGAUACCCCCUCCACCACGUCAUAUAUACUCACCUGUGACCGGAGCUGGUGAAAUGGCAACACAGUACAUUCCACAGUAUCACACCUCGCAAGUAUACGGGGAUCUGGAUACUCUGCCUGCUCAUGGAAGAUCCAACUUCAGAGAUGAAAGGUCUUGUAAAACGUAUGAAAGGUUACAAAAAAAAUUAAAAGAUCGACAUGGAACUCAGAAGGAUAAAUUAAACAGCCCUCCAUCAUCUCCUCAGAAAUGUCCUUCUCCUACAAGUGAACACAACGGACUUACAAAAGGACAGGAUGCAGCUGGUAUAAGCACAAGUUCUACCAAAAGCAAGUCUUUGGGUAAAGGAAAAAGCAGUUCUCAGACAGACACAGAAGUAGAAGAAAAGGAUGAAGAAACAAAAGCACUUGAAGCACUUCUUUCUAACAUAGCCAAGCCAGUGGUAUCAGACAUUCAGGCAAGAACAGCACUGCUUAUGUGGUCACCUCCAUCCAGUGACACCAGAGAAGACAUUGACAAGAAUGAUGUACCGGAGGUUUAUACUUACGAAGUGAUGAUUUCAAAUACUGGAAAAGAUGGAAAGUACAAAACCGUAUAUGUUGGAGAAGAAAAUAAAGUUACUGUAAAUGAUCUCAGGCCAGCAACUGAUUACCAUGCAAAAGUACAAGUAGAAUGCAACUGUGUAAAGGGGAGCCCUUCAGAGGCAGAGAGUUUUACCACAGCAAGUUGUGAACCUGAUACUCCAAAUCUGCCUAGGAUAACUAAUCGGACCAAAAAUUCUCUUACUCUGCAGUGGAAGGCAUCUUGUGAUAAUGGUUCGAAAAUCCACAGUUACCUUUUAGAGUGGGAUGAAGGAAAAGGAAAUGGAGAGUUUUGCCAGUGUUAUUAUGGCCAACAGAAGCAGUAUAGAAUUACUAAACUAUCACCAGCAAUGGGGUACACCUUUAGGCUAGCAGCCAAAAAUGACAUGGGAAUGAGCGGUUUCAGUGAAGAAGUCCUGUAUCAUACCUCAGGCACUGCCCCAAGCACACCAGCAAGUCCCUUGCUGAUUAAUGCUGGAGUUACUUGGCUAUCCCUACAGUGGACAAAACCCUCAGGAACACCGUCAGAUGAAGGAAUCUCGUAUAUAUUAGAGAUGGAGGAUGAGAACUCAGGAUAUGGUUUCAAGCCAAAAUAUGAUGGUGAUGAUCUUACCUACACGGUGAAGAAUUUGAGGCGUAGUACAAAAUAUAAAUUUAGGGUCAUUGCCUAUAACUCAGAAGGGAAAAGCAGUCCAAGUGAAACAGUAGAGUACAUUACGUGUGCAGACAAGCCUGGGGUACCUUCAAAACCCUCAGUGAAAGGAAAAAUUCAUGCACAGAGUUUUAAAAUAAUCUGGGAUCCACCAAAAGACAAUGGAGGAGCAGCAAUAAACGCAUAUGUUGUAGAAAUGUCUGAAGGCUUAAAUGGAAACAAAUGGGAGACAAUAUACAGUGGAGCUGCUAGGGAACAUGUGUGUGACCGACUAAAUCCUGGCUGUUCCUAUCGGUUACGUGUAUAUUGCGUUGGGGAAGGAGGACAAAGCACGGCAUCUGAUUCUUUACUGGUGCAGACACCAGCAGUGGUUCCUGGCCCAUGCCAGCCUCCAAGGCUACAGGGUAGACCAAGAGCAAGAGAAAUUCAGCUGCGCUGGGGACCACCUCAGGUAGAUGGUGGUUCAGCCAUUACCUGCUAUGGUCUGGAAAUGUGUCAUGCAGAAACGGAUGAACACAGAGAGGUUUACCAGGGUUCUGAUGUUGAAUGCACAGUAGGCAGCCUUCUUCCAGGGAGGACAUACAGCUUCAGACUGCGAGCAGCUAACAAGGCUGGGUUUGGACCUUACUCGGAAAAAUGUGAAAUAACUACAGCACCUGGACCACCAGAGCAGUGCAGGCCCCCUCAAGUGGCAUGCAGAUCUGCUGCAUGUGCUCAGGUGUCAUGGGAGGUUCCAGUGAGUAAUGGAGCUGAUGUCACGGAGUAUCGCCUGGAAUGGGGUGGUGUGGAAGGAUGCAUGCAGAUAUCCUAUUGUGGGCCUGGGCUCAGCUGUGAAAUGAAAGGGCUUUUGCCUGCCACUAUUUACUAUUGCAGGGUCCAGGCAGUGAAUGUCGCAGGUGCAGGCCCUUUCAGUGAAGUAGUGGCAUGUAUGACUCCAGCUUCUGUACCUGCAGUUGUGACUUGUCUUCAGGGACUAAGUGAAGAUGAAGUUGAAAGUCCACACUAUUCUCCUUCCACAUGCCUUGCUAUAAGCUGGGAAGAACCUUGUGACCAUGGAUCUGAAAUCCUUGGCUACAGCAUAGACUUUGGAGAUAAGCAACCAAUAACUGUUGGGAAGGUUCUGAGCUAUUUUAUAGAUGGCUUACAGCCAGAUACUACCUACAGAGUACGAAUUCAAGCCCUGAACAGUCUCGGAGCAGGUCCUUUCAGCCACACUGUAAAACUGAAAACAAAGCCUCUUCCUCCAGAUCCACCUCGACUGGAAUGUGCUGCAUACAGUUCUCAGACCCUCAAGCUGAAGUGGGGAGAGGGAACUGCAAAAGCACUAACUGACUCCAUUCAGUACCACCUUCAAAUGGAGGAUAAGAACGGAAGGUUUGUAUCCUUAUACAGAGGACCAUGUCAUACAUACAAAGUACAAAGGCUCAGUGAAUCAACAUCAUACAAAUUUUGUAUUCAGGCAUGUAAUGAAUCUGGUGAAGGUCCCCUUUCUCAAGAAUACAUUUUCACUACUCCCAAAUCUGUUCCAGCUGCCUUGAAAGCUCCAAGAAUAGAGAGGAUAAAUGAUCACACUUGUGAGAUCACAUGGGAGGUUCUGCAGCCCAUGAAGGGUGAUCCCGUUAUCUACUGUCUUCAGGUCAUGGUGGGAAAAGACUCGGAAUUCAAACAGAUUUAUAAGGGUCCCGACUGGUCCUUCCGAUACACGGGCCUCCAGCUGAACUGUGAAUACCGUUUCCGCGUGUGUGCCAUUCGCCAGUGCCAAGAAAUAGGAGGUCACCAGGACCUGAUAGGCCCCUACAGUGCCCCAGUGCUAUUCAUCUCUCAGAGGACUGAACCACCGGCAAGCACCAAGGACACUGUGCAAACCACAAGGACACAAUGGUCACAGAGCGACCAAGUGUGCGCUGCUGUCAUCCUUGCACUUUUUGCUAUCUUUUCCAUUCUGAUUGCUGUUAUCAUUCAGUACUUUGUAAUAAAGUGAAGAAGAGAGGUUUAUUUUACAACACUGCCCAUUACAUUUUACUUUCUCAUAAUCUAAAAGUAAUUCUGUUCUCUUGCUUUUACAAAAAAAAAAAAACAAAAAACCAAAAAAACAAAACAGGCAUUUAGCACCGGCAUUGGGACUGAUGCACACCUUUUCGUCCACUUUAAAAUGCUUACCGGUAGGUAUAGGCUGACACAUGUUAUUAGAAUGCAAGCCACAGAAAUACAAUCUUUUCUUUAAUAUGCCUUCUUGCAGUACAAACUCUGUAUGGGGCAGGCAAGCUGCGUUUAAUGACAAGGGUUUGACCAGUAAACGUCAGUGUAAGAAUGGUUUCCUGACCCACACUUGUUGUAAGGGUUGCUACUGUCACAGGGAAGAAUGUGUAAUCGCAUUGAAAACUUACACUAACAAACUUGUGCUGUAUACAAUAUUAAUCUGAUGCUGUGAAAGCAAUUUAGCGCUGUAUUUCUACCUCCUCAUUUGUCUUAAUUAUUUGGGAAGCAGGAUUUAUGCUGAAAAACAGAAGGGGCUUUUCUCAGGCAGCAAAUAAUAAACUGGAUGGAAGAGUAUGCAUGAAGGAAGCUUCUUACUGAUAAAUGUGGAGUUCUUCACUGCAAGUAGAUGUUUUCGAAAGACUAGAAGGGGAUGGCACAAGUGGUUUAUCUUGCCCCCAGGAUUUGAUGUUUACUUACAAAAAUGCCUCUUUUACUUCUCAAAAAUAGAGAAGGGAGAGUGUGAGAGAACUUCUUAGACUUCCUACUUUAAUUGAAAAACACAUUUCCAAAGUUGACCUUUGAUUGGAUGCAGUUUAUACAGAUGUCUGUGCCCUCUGGUUUUGGCUAGUUAAUAGGUUUUUGAGAUAAAAUUUGUCAUUGAACUUUUGCUGUUUCCCCAACAUCCACUUGCCAUAUCCACCAGAAUCAAGCACUGCCUUUUAUUUUUUGUUUUCUCUCUGUCUUUCUUUCUCUCUCUUUUUCUUUGGGGCACCAAAUCAGAAGAUGAAGCAUAGUAAUUUGCACCAGAAAACUUAAAAGCUGCUUUUUUCUUGAGAUCCUAAUGUUUAAUGUAAUGUCUCUUUGGAUACUGUACCAAAUCGUUGAUUGCAUGUAGUUAAUGUUGCAUUAGAGCACUUUGCAAUUGCAUAACUCAUCAUUGUUUUGUGAGCUUGCGUUUGUGAGUUCUUGAAUGACCAGACUGAAUUUUAUCAAGUAUCCCAUUGAACAUCUCGCUGGAUGUCAAUGAUUGCCAGUGACACAAAGCUUGUAGUGAAACUCUUUAAAAGAAAACCAAUCCUUGUCUCAUCACACUUACGUUAUUUGUUAUACACUUUGUAAUUAGCUACUCUUAAUUUAUUUGAGUUACAAGAUAGUGGAUCAUUAAUGACUUCUAGUUGUGUUCAGUUUAGCAUUUUUAAUGGUAUUAAACACUUCUGUUGGUCUUAAUAAUAAUAAAAAAGGAACCUCUGUCUUGUGCUUUGAAGAUCUCUGAAGAAUUUCUCUUAUAUUAGAACGGGCAUGUAUUGUAAUUGUUUAUACGUCCAAUGAUCUGUGCUGUAGAAUAAUGUUGCUGAGUUUCGUUACCUUUAAAACAACAAAAGAGAAGAAAUGGCGAAGAACUCGGCCUCCGCGUGGCGAGAGCGCUCUGUCUUUAAGAUGUACUGUAUGUUUACACUUUAUUUCCAAUCUGUCAUUUGUACGUAUAGGCUGAUACCUUCCCACAGGAUAACUGAUGUUUUCUAGACCCUUCUUCAAAGUGCCAUGUUUGGCAGUGCAAAUGAGGUUGCGUGUAAGAGCCCAGAGAUUUCUUACGGUUGAAUGUCUAAAAUGGUAAGAUUUGUUACUACAGUUAAUCUGCAGUGACUUCUGUUUUUCAUAGUAAAAUUCAAAUGAGCUCCUAUUUUUGAUAGUCAUUUAAUAGUGUAUUUGCCAUUUGAGCCUCAGUGCAUAUUACUGCAUUGAAGACAGUUUUUAAUGUAAUCUUAAUUUUACCUCAUAUACUGUACAUUCCAAAAAUAAAUUAAGAGAAAAAGAGAAAAACUCUAAACUUUUUAAAAUGUUAUAGAUACACUACCAAACAUAUCACUUUACAAUUGUACAACAUCGGACUCCAUGAAGACGAACCUGUAUAGUCUGAUAGAAAAUAACAUAAACUAUGUAGCAAAGUAUCUUUAAAAAUCUGUGGAAAAUAAAAGUAUCAUUCUUUUU